AUGGCUGGGUGUCAGGAGCUGUGUUUUAACGUGGAUCAUGGAUAUCUGGAAGGCUUAGUUCGAGGAAUGAAAGCCGGAAUUCUGACACAGACUGACUACCACAAUUUGGCCGAGUGUGAAACACUAGAGGACAUGAAACUGCACCUUCAGAGCACGGGUUAUGGCCGGCUGCUGUCCGCGUCCGAGGACGACCUGACCGUGACUCUGCUGGACAGCAAGCUGCGAGAGAGCCUGCUCGCAGAGUUCAGCUGCCUGCGCUCCAACGCCCUGCCACCGCUCUCUACCUUCCUGGAUUACAUAACUUACAGCUACAUGAUCGACAACGUGGUGAUGCUGAUAACCGGCGCCCUCAAACACAGAGACGUGGCAGAGCUGCUCCCCCGGUGUCAACCGCUGGGGGCCUUUGAUCAAAUGGCAGCCGUGGGCAUCGCCCGCACCCCCAACGAACUCUAUUCGUCCAUCCUGGUGGACACGCCGCUGGCUCCGUUCUUCCAGGAUGCUGUGACUGAAACCAACUUGGACGAGAUGGAGGUGGAGAUCCUCAGAAACAAGCUGUACAAGGCGUAUUUAGAGGACUUCCACUCUUUCUGCAAGAAGCUGGGUGGCGCCACGGAAGAAACAAUGUGUCCAAUCUUGGAGUUUGAGGCAGACAGGCGGGCCUUCCUCAUCACGGUGAACUCCUUCGGGACAGAUCUCAGCAACGCGGAGAGGACCGUGCUGUAUCCAGCUUGUGGCAAACUGUUCCCAGAAGGACUGAGACUCCUGACCACAGCAGAGGACCACGAGCAGGUCAAAGCCGUGGCAGACUGUUAUCCGGACUAUAAACUGAUAUUUGGUGAACCUGAGCAAGGUUCUGAUUUUAAGACUCUUGAGGAGAAAUUCCUUGAACAGGAGGUAAAGCUCAGCACACUCGCUUUCCUGCAGCAGUUCCACUUUGGAGUGUUUUACUCCUAUGUCAAACUGAAAGAGCAGGAGACCCGCAACAUCAUCUGGAUUGCUGAGUGUAUCACACAGAGACAGAAGGCCAAAAUACACAACUACAUACCCAUCUUCCAGGACCGAAAAUGA